AUGAAUCAAGAGGUAUAUCCAUGUGAAGAUUUUUAUGAGUUUGCAUGUGGAAGUUAUAGCAGAAAUCGACCAGUACCAGAAAAUGAAAAACGAUCUACGAUACACAAGGAAAUGAAAGAUGAAUUAGACCGAAACUUAAAAAAGUUAUUGGAACAAAAUUUUCCAAACGAUACAGAUGCAACAAAAUUAGCCCAAAUUUACUACAGUUCUUGUAUAGAUGAAGAAUCUCAAGAAGCAAUGGAUCUACUUCCAGUAACACAGACAAUUUCAAACUUAGGUGGUUGGGCGUUGUUACAAAAUGCAAAAUUUGACCCAGUGAAUUUCAAAUGGGAAUCACUGGCUGGAAAAUUAGCAGUAAUUGGUGUAUCAACAAUUCUGAAUCUUAUUGUUCAUAAUUCACCAACAAAUGCUUCUCGUCAUGUUGUAACUGUAAGUGUUCCACUUUCUUUACUAGAAUACGUUUCUCAGUGCACAUGUGUUGUGAAUAUAUGGCUUGAAGUCACCACUUCAGGUGCGGAAAGAGAGGUCAUCGAGGAUGCCGUAGAAAACAUAAUAAAUUUUGAAUCGGCGCUUGCCGCUCUCACUGAAGGAGAAAAUGGCUACAAUCAUUCUGGCGACAAUCAGAUGACAUUGCUUCAGUUUCGUAAAAGUUUUACCAAGAUUAAUCUUGAUAUGUAUCUGAAUGAAGAGUUACUUCGCUAUCUAUUACCGCUUCCUGGUGACUCUCUCAUAAACAUUAUAGACGUCGAUUACUUUACACAAAUAACUGAACUCCUUGGAAAGACUAGGCUCCAAACCAUAAACGAUUACAUGUUUUGGAAGUUUCUGUCAUCUUAUGACGUCUACCUUCCCGCACGUUACCGGGUUCCUCAUGAAAACUUCCAAAUUAAAUUAACAGGAAAAUAUCCACGUGUUGGAUGGCAAAACUGUGUCGACUUAACACGUAAUAAUUUGGGAAUGCCGUUAGCUUCCGGCUAUAUUGCGAAAUACUUUAGCUGGGAAAAGAGGCAUCAAGCUAACGAAAUUGUGGGUGAUAUUAAGACUGCACUAGAAAAUACACUGCUGAACGCUGACUGGAUGGAUGAGAAAACUCGUGAUGCAGCACUUUCAAAAUUGAACAAUAUGAAGCGCAAAAUAGGUUUUCCUGACUAUAUAACCAAUCAGGCCCUCGUUCUGAAACCAUAUGCCGGUGUUCGAAUUACCGCUAAUACGUUCUUUGAAAAUUCUCUUACUUUACGAAAAGUUUAUGUUAGAGAAAAUUUGUCGAAACUUCAUCGAGUCAGGAGUCUCGAUGACUGGUUAACGCCAGUUAUCUCAGCUAACACUUACCACUAUUUUGGAGGCAAUGAAAUCAUAUUUCCAGCUGGUAUCCUACAAUAUCCAUUGUUUAUCCUUGGAGUACCCAGUUAUAUCAAUUAUGGAGCUAUUGGAAUGAACGUCGGUUACGAAAUGACUCACGGAUUUGAUGAUAUAGGCGCACAAUACGAUGAAAAUGGCAAUUUUCAAACAUGGUGGCACGCAGAGACCGAAAAUAUCUUCAACUCCAAGAAACAAUGUUUCAUUGCCCAAUAUGGCAGUAAAAUGGAACCAUUUACAGAGAAAAAGCUUGAUGGACGAUUAACAGUUACUGAAAAUGUGGCCGAUAAUGGUGGUCUUCGAAUCGCUUACAGCGCUUACCAGAUACAUGCAACAAGGCAACCUGACUUAGAACGUUUGCCAGGCCUAACCAACUACACAGAUGAUCAACUGUUUUUUAUCGCAUUUGCUAAUAGUUGGUGUGAAACUCUAAAACCAAACGCUAUCGAAAGUAUAUUGGAGACGUCUACACGAUCAUUAGGAAUGGUCAAUAUACCGCUGCAAAACUUUCCAGCUUUUUCACAGGCGUUUCAGUGCCCAAUUGGUAGUGGCAUGAACCCAUUCGAGAAAUGCCGUAUUUGGUAG